GAUUCCCCGCCUCCAUUCACCUCAUAAUCCCCGGCCUGGCGUAAUUGCUGCAUCCGGAUUUAUGGGCGGCGCGGGCGGGCUGAGGGUCCCCAGUGUUCCGGAGGAGUGGCUGCUAGCUCCAGAGGCCUGGGCCACGGUGCCCGGUGCAGGUUCUGGCCUUCUUGUCAUUUUAUUACAAACCAAGUCAACAGAAUCAGAUCAGAGUUCAUCUGUUAUCAGGACGCUGUACAGCAGAUCAGUGCCACGGCAGUAUCUGGCAGCACUUCUGCCCUGUUAACGAAGCACAGGAGCUUUCUACGCCGCAGUCAGGGAUUGUGCAGCGCCGCGUUCUGGACUCAUGGGGACGGAUCAAGAUGAAACUGGAUAUCGGAGGCAAUUCAAUGCAGCUGUGUCCGUUAUUCAGAGCUUACCAAAAGAUGGUGCUUAUCGGCCGUCCUAUGAGGAAAUGCUCAGAUUCUACGGCUACUACAAACAGGCCACAGUAGGACCCUGCAAUAUCUCCCGUCCUCCUUUCUGGGAUCCGAUUGGCAAAUAUAAGUGGGAUGCCUGGAGCAAGCUUGGGGCUAUGAGUCAAGAAGAUGCCAUGUGUGCUUAUAUCAGAGAAAUGAAAAUAAUUGCACAAAAGAUUAUAGACACAAUCCCUCUGGAAGACAAAUCGCCUGAUAUGUUUGAGCCCUUCCGCCCCCUGUAUGAUGUCAUCCCUGACAUGCCGCGUCCCCCAGGCUCCUUUUUCCAGACCAGUGAGCAAGAGAGUUGUGAAGAUACAAAGGAGGUGAUCCCAGAGGGUGACGAUAUGGAGGAGCAGCAAUCUAGCGACACUAUUCAAUAUGAAGCCAUAUCAGAGGAGACAGAGCUGGGUACACUCUCUGAGCUAGAAGAGCUCAAACAAAGUGAAUCCUUAGGUGAGACAACACGCCCAUUGCAAAGUGAGCAGAAGCUCCAAAGCUGCGGCUCUGAAAAUGAAUAUUCUGACAGUGUGGAACAGCUGGGAUCUGAUGAGGAAUGUGAAGAAAAUGGUUCUAAGAUUUACCCACACUUAUUUCAAGCAUCUGAUGCACACAAAAAGACCAAGACUAGACCAAGGAGGAAAAGUGCAGACAGACGAAAGGAUGAUAAUAUCGGACCAGUGCCUCACUCAGGUAAUGAUGUUUGGCUGAGAAGUCCCAGUGAAGAAGACAGUGGGGACACAUCAACUGGAUUACAGACCAGAUGCCAAAGUGCCCAAUACCACUUGAGCCCUCAGAUUAAAGCCACAGUGGAAGCUCUGCAAGCAACAGUCCAGGGUCUCUGUCAGCGGCUACAAAACCUGGAGAGAGCUUUACAGGAACAGCGACAGUACACACAGGAGCAAUCACAGAGAUCACAUAAGAAAAAACGACAUCCUGUGCUGGCCAAGUCUCGGACUUUUCUGUUCAUAGUUAUCUGGCCAUUUGUCGCGCACUGGCUGCUGCGCAGGUUUUUAUGGAGGAAAAGAUGACUUGUUACUUUUGGCCUGUGUAGUCCCCUGUACAGAACUGGAGUGGACGAAAUGAAUCAGAAUUUUUUUGGCCAAGCUGCGAUAAAAAAGCUCAUUGGACAGUAAAUUUGCCUUGUGCAUGGAUUAAUGAUUAUUAACAUGUUAAUAGUACCCUGUUGAUUUAAGCAUUAUCUCACUUUGUUUUCAGAGCCUCCUUGAAUAAUCUCCUCUAUCCUGUCUGCCACUCCUCCACCCUCUAAGCAAUGUGUGGCAUUAUAGCUGAUAAAUAGGUUUUUAGUCCUGAGGAAAAGCAAGUAACAAAGACGCAAAGCAAACACAAAGUAACAAAGACGGAAAGUUAGCAUACAGUGAAACACAGCAUGAUAUUAAACAUGGAGCAUAGAGGGAUCAGAGAAUGCUACACAUUACUCACAGCAUUGGUCAGGACUGGAGAGGGGUAUGGAGCUUGGUAGGAUGAGAGAGUAGUCCGGUAGAAGGGGAGGUUCAGGAGGCACAGAAGGGCACGAGGGGAGGCUAUAGAGACCGGAGGCUGUGAAAGUGUGCAAGGGCAGAAGGGGAGGCUGCAGAGGUGCACAGGAGAGGAGUUUACAAAGUUGUGCAUGGACAAGAUAGGAGGCCAUGUCGGUGUUUUAAGAAGAGGCCGUGGAUGUAUGCAAGGGAGGGGUUGCAACUGACAGGCGAGAAGGCUGUGGAGAUACAAAAGUGGAGGCUGUGGAGGUGCAUAAGCACAGGAGUAGAGUUGUAUAAGGAUAAGGGGGAGGCCACAGGGGGUGUAUGAAAGUAGGAGGGAAAAAGGUGAGGCCGUAGAGGCACGAAGAAAGGCCACUGAGGAGCACUAGGACAGAAGAGUUUGCUGUGGAGCCAUGCAAGGCAGGGAGGCUUCAUGGUGGCACUCUGAUAAGUGUAAGAUUCUGGAGUGAAGAUGCUCUUUCCCACAAGUAAUUAGUACAUAGUGGGUGAGAUAGGGGAUGGCUUUUGGAUUUUAGGGCUAAACCCAAAAUUAGACUUGUGAAAUAUUAUCUUUCAUCAUAAGAAAUACACUCCGCCUCCCUUCUCGCAUUGCACUGUGCUUCAGUGAUAAAAUUAAUAUACCACAGUAACUGAACCGCCUUCUUCACGGAUCUGCCAAGUAUUCACAAUACCUGCCAGGCUUAAUAUAUAUCUGUAAUUAGACCAGACGCGGGGAUUACAACCAGUGCAUUGUAUAAUGGCACUGAUGGAGAACGUUGCCUUAGCUGUCAAAAUACCAUCACACAAGUAGAGGACAAAGACGAAAGACUUCAAAGACAAACCCGUCCAUUUUAGGUGACCUUGCUGGACUUGCUUGAGAAACUUGUUUAGCUGAUCCUAUAUGCCAGGGAUUCCCAACCUGCUGCCCUCCAGCUGUUGCAAAACUACAACUCCCAGCAUGCCUGGACAGCCUACAGCUAUCAGCCUACGGCAGGGCAUGAUGGGAAUUGUAGUUUUACAACAGCUGGAGGGCCACAGGUUGAGCAUCCCUGCUAUAUGGUAUGUAUUUCUAUCCCUGAACACAUCCCAUGGCACAUAAAGCAGAGUCUAAGAGCCUCAAUGGGGGGUGUACACAAGAAUGGCUGAUCCUGUCACAGCUGCCUCCCCCCGGCCCUGCACUAGGCUUGACACAGUAACGGUUUAUUAUAUAAAACUCCUGAAAUCUAUAUUACGCAUUAUGUACACAUUAUGUAUAUGUAGAAUGGGUCCUAGCAUAGAACAGGGAUGGAGCAGAUCACCCGGCAGUGCCUAGUAGCACACUCAGGAUUAAUGAUAUAUUUUUUUGCACCGUUAUAUACAAAUCCUCAAUUAGAUUUAAUCCUUUGCUUCCAGCCUUGCCUAAACUGACCUAGUUACCUAUCAUAUUGUGUUCUGUAAAUCAAUAUCCCACCUGUCUAAAGAAAUAAACGAUGAUUUGG